AUGUUCUAGAUUAAUUCGAGAGUAGUGAACUUUAUGAGUGUAUUUUUGCUACUUUUUCACAUUGACAUAUGCUUUAACUAAAAUUUGUUUUGACAUUUACUGAUUAAUGUUCAGUAGCAAUAAGCACUAUUGAAACAGUUAGAAUUGUUGAAAAAUCUGUUAAUUGCUUUUAAAAACGGUAUGCUAUUGCUUAUUUGGGUUACUGCUGUCUGAUGUUGAAUUCCCACCGGAGAACCUGCGACCUGAGGUGGAUCUGGGAUUUUUAUACUAUGGGUGCACCGUGCACCACUAAAGAAAGGAUGAAAAAAGUAUUAAGUGGGAAUUGAUCCUUGCUCCCUAGGUGAAAAUAUAUAUAUUUCUGGAUCUUUAAGUCCUCCGGGGGAUAUGUAUGCUUUAAAGAGCUGGUUUUGUUCAAUGAAAUGUAGACGUCCACCUGGUUUCGAGGACCAUGACUUAUUAGCUUCUGAGACUUCCUUUUCUAUUAAUGAAGUGGAUGCGUUGAAAAUUCUGUACGAGAAACUAAGCAGCUCCAUAAUUGAUGAUGGUCUUAUUCAUAAGGAAGAGUUUCUCCUUGCUCUUUUCAACUGCAGCCCUAAGCAGAAUCUUUUUGCUCAGAGACUGUUUGAUUUGUUUGAUCUUAAGCGUAAUGGGGUUAUUGAAUUUGGAGAAUUUGUACGGUCUUUAAGCUUAUUCCACCCAAGGGCUCCUCAAGCAGACAAAAUUGAAUUUGCAUUUAAGUUGUACGACUUGAAUCACACUGGAUACAUAGAACGUGAAGAGCUGAAGGAAAUGGUAUUUGCUAUUCUGAAAGAAUCCGAAUUGACACUUCCAGAUGAUGCCAUCGAAGCAAUCAUUGAUAAGACAUUUCUAGAGGCAGACACGAAUCGAGAUGGAAGGAUUGAUCCAGAAGAGUGGAAGGAAUUGGUCGUAAGAUGUCCUUCUCUCAUUAAGAACAUGACUCUACCAUGCUUAAAGGAAAUUACUCAAAUGUUUCCAAGCUUUGUGAUGACAACUGAAGCUCGAGACUCAGAACUAGUGUCUUGAAAACUGAUGGGUGCCAACUGCCAAAUUCUAUCCUGCUACUGGUGACUGGUGUUACUGAUCAACAAGUAAAGUACCGGUCCAAUUUUCCAUUUUUUGGUCAAAUAGUGUCUGUCUGUUCUUAGGCAACCAUAAAUUGUAUACCAAUGUGUUCUCUAUGUAUGAGAGAUCGGCAGCGACUGUAACAGAACUGUUAUAAAACAAUAAAUGAAGAACAAGAGUAUUGUAGAGAAAAGUA